AUGAUUGUUGUGUUCGAACAGGUUAAACUGAAGGCUCUACUGUUAUCACUUGUAGUCGCUGCUUUUGCGGCACCUCAAGGGUAUAAAGCCGGUACUCCUUCUGAUGCAGGCCUUACAUCCGGUCCCGGAUCUACUGAUGGUGGUGCAGGAGAGGCCGAGGGAGACCUCGUCAAUGGAGGAGGUGCAGCAACUGGAUGCCAAGAGGGAGAAGUCCUUCACGUUGAUGGGACAUGUGUAACUCCUCAAGUCACAAGAAAGGUCUAUGUAUUUAAUGUCCCCGAACAAGAGAGACCCAUUGGUCCAGCACCUAGUAUUCCUCCUCCAGCAGUGGACCACAACAUCUUGUUUGUGCGCCUUCCCGAGGAAGCACCUGCACCCGACCCCAUCGUACUUCCUCCACCAAGGCAAAACAACAUCGUCUAUGUACUCAACAAGCAAGACGAACAAGCUCAGCGAGUGAUUGAAGUACCAGCUCAGCCACAAGCUGAUCCCGAAAUUUAUUUCGUCAACUACCAAGAUGGAGAGAAUCCUACCCUUCCCCUAGGAGUAGAUCUUGAAACUGCUCUCAGCGCCGCUGCCACAGCCGGUGGUCAGGUUCUAGGAGGCAUCGAUGGCGCUGGUGGUGAAGCUGGAGUUGGUGGUGUGGGUGAAUUAGGAGGAACAGGUGGGAUUGUCGGAGGACAUGGAAGUAAUGGUGUUGGUGGUGUAAAUGAACAUGGUGUUGUUAAUGGAGCCGGUGCUGGUAUUGGAGUUAAUGGCGGAGCGGGAGGAUUCCAGACUGGCUCGGGCCUUUAUACCACUCCCUAG